UGUCAUUUUACUCUUUACUGUCAAAAAAAAAAAAUUAUAAAAUGUCUAGUUCAAAAGAUGCUAUUGAUGCACCGGCUACUGAAGGUGCAGGUGGUCAAACACCAGAAGUAGCAGAUUCUGCACCUGCUAUUGAAGGUCUUGAAACUGCAGCACCAGAAACUGAGGGUGCAGAUGCUGCUGUACCGGAGACUGAGGGUGCAGAUAUUGCAGUACCGGAGGCUGAGGGUGCAGAUACUGCAGCACCAGCAACAGAAACUCCAGAUACUGUAGCACCAGAAACACAAGGCCCAGAUACUAUACCUACUACUGAAGGUCUUGAAACUGCAGCACCAGAGAGUAAGGACCCAGAUACUACUGCACCAGCAGCAGAAGCUCCAGAAACACAAAGUCCUGAUACUGCAGCACAAGAAAUUGCCGGUGCGGGUGGUGAAGCACUAAAACCUGCAGAAACUGAUAUCACUGCCACCAAAAGUCCGGAUAUAACAAGUGCAGAUGAUAAAAUGAAGAAUGAUCCAGCAGCAAACAAUCCCAACUGUCGAUGUAGAGAGUGUCCAGUUUUAGAAGCUGCCCGGGCCAUGAUAGCUCGUGAAGCUGCUGAGAAUGCAUCAGAGGAGGGAAACAUUCCUGACACUCCGGACAAACUGAUGACCGAUUCUCUAGUCCCUGCGGUGAAAGAUCAGGAUGCGAUACCUCAACCCGAUAGAACUACAGAAACUAAAGUGGACCAAACUGCUGAACUUCAAAUAAAUGAAAGUUCAGAACCACAGACGGAUCAAACACCAAAUGUUCACCCUGAUCAGCCAACUGAACCAGAAGUUCCCAUUGCGACGGAAAUACAUCAAGAUAGCUCAAACGCCGUUCCUGAAGUUACUAGUGCCGUACCCGAAAAUGCUGAAAAUGUUAACCCUGAACAGCCUACUGACACUCAGCAAGGAGAAGAAACCAAUGUUGCUUAGAAGCUACAAAAUAUCAGCCGAUAGGUAACACAGUUUAAUGACGACAGUGUAGAUCAUAAUAAAAAAACCCUUGAUGAAAAAGUUAUGUACAUUACACAUAUCCACAAGAGUUGAAUAAAAAUUUUAAA